AUGCAGUCGAUGUAUGGUGGGAGUGGCACCCAUACCCCCAGGACGCCCGCAACGCCAAACACGCCAGGCUCCGCGAACACAAUGGGGAAUUUCCCCCAGAUAGCAUCGCAGUCCCGGGGUUAUCAGAUGAUGCCCGGCGGCAAUUAUCAACAGCCACAGCAACCGUAUCGGACGUCGUCGUCCAUGAUGGUGCAGUCGUCAACAGCCAUGUCGCAUCCUCAGCCAAUUGCCCCCGCCCCGGCACAGAAUCGCAUGCCGCAGACGUUGAGACCGAUGCCCCCGAAUGGUCUACAGCACAUGCAUCCCGGCAUGUCUUCGCCGUACGGACAAGGUAUGAUGAUGCUUCAAGAGAUGGAACCGCCAACGCACGUUGUGGGCUCGCAAGGUCGAAGAGGUAUUCUUCCUAGCGCUCCUGGGCGACCCGCCCCCGCCGUCACUGGCACGGGGUCGACCAAGAAUACAAUGAUACCUGCUAAAGAUGCUGAUGGGAAAUUCCCUUGCCCUCAUUGCACUAAAACUUACCUCCAUGCUAAGCAUCUAAAACGCCAUCUCCUUCGACACACCGGCGAUCGGCCAUACAUGUGCGUGCUUUGCCGAGACACCUUCUCGCGAAGUGAUAUCCUGAAGCGGCAUUUUCAAAAGUGCUCCAUCCGUCGCGGAAACCCGACCGGAGCGAGUCAUCUCUCCCACGCCCAAGCACAUUUGAAGAAGUCACACCCGGGGCCUCACAAGCCCGCACCCUCCAUGAAUGACAACGAUCUCAUGGGUAUGAAUGGCAUGAGCAACAUGGGUCACGACCCGGCUCUCCACCCUUUCGCCGUGAUUCCUGACGGGGGCGUCCCCGAUCCUGGUUCCAACUUAACAGAUGAACAGGCAGGUCAGUUAAACCGAACGAACAGCUUGAAACCCUUAGGGAAUGGCGAAGGAGGGGAUAGAAGAAGCAUGGCCGGGGUAGGACCCGGAGGCUCGAGCCGGACUAGUUUUGAACAGAGCUAUGCCGGUGCAAUAGCGAGUACCAUGCCGUCUGGUAUGAAUCCUUCACUCGCGUUCAAUAUGCCCAAUGGACAGAACGGUCACUCAUAUAGCCAGGGCUAUGAUUUUGCCUCGAAUGGCAACGGCUCCAGCAUGCAGCCUCAGUCCACCGGGGACAUUUCCACGCUACAGCAACACCCUCGAAACGUAUACCCUGGGGCCACCGCUGGACAGCAGCAUGGUCUCGAUUGGGCGCAGAUGUUUCAACCUCAGACCCACGAUGGGUACAUCGCUCAGUACAACCCUAGCACAACGAUAUCGCAACCAGCAAUCAAGCCGGAACCUUUGAACGCUCCUCCCACCAACAACCUCUUUCAUGGUGUCUAUGCCGGUGCUGUCAACGGCCUAGCCCCCACCUCGAAUGCCCCAGGUUGGAACCUGCAGAAUGAUCCCCUCCAUGAAAUAUCGAAUAGGCUGCUGUAUUAUUGUUUUCCAACCAACCAGGUCGUCGGCCGCAGCAGUGACUUGAGAGGAUACUUGUCCGCCGAUAAUAUUAAACAUUUCUUGGAACACUUCACGCAUUUUCAUGGUCACUUUCCAAUCAUCCAUAUGCCAACCUUCCGGAUUGCCGACGCUUAUGAUGGGUUGCUCCUAGGAAUGGUAUGCGUUGGAGCAGUGUACUCGGAUCGCGUUUCGCCUACACAGGUGCGGGAUUUGAUGGAACUAGCGAAAUCCUCGAUGGAACGGAAUUCUCCACUCUUCGCAUCUCAAGAUCAGAAAGACAGUCCUGGAUAUGCAAAGGAAGCCAUCGGUUCCAGCAAGUCUGAGCUCGAGCAGAUCACCGGCAUUUUCCUCAUCCAAGCGCUCUUCACUUGGCAUGGAACCCCACUCCAGCGCGAGAAAGCUCGGAGACAGUUCCCCAUGAUCGCCGGACUCACAAGGCGGGCCGGCCUGACCACACCAACAACCACACCUCCAUUCAGCGUCUUGCACCAGAGGCACGUUAAGCUGGAGAGUUUCAACUCCACCAGCUUUGACUGGAAUGCUUGGGUUGAACAGGAGAAGCGCUCUCGACUGCUUUACGCAAUAUUUGUUACAGAUGCUGCGAUGGUCAUUUAUUUCAACGCCAUGCCCCUGUUUGAUACUCGCGAGAUUCGCGUUCCGCUCCCCGCCGAUGACGCUGCAUGGGAUGCUCGUACCGCUCUUGAGUGCGCCGAAGCUCUCGGUCUGCACGGACCUCUCGCUGCACGAGAUAGGAACCCAGAAGGGAGUCGUAGACCAAAGCAACCGGAAAUGCAUAGUGCAUUAGAAACGCUGAUGCGUCCUGACCUCGAUCUUCAGCCGGGCACGACCAACCUAUUCUCGAAAUUCCUUCUAGUCCAUGCUCUGCACGUACAAUUGUGGAUUGCCCAAAAGCAAUACUCUCAGGAGUCUGGGCAGUUGAAUGCGCAUACAUCACUCCCCGCCAGUGGCGCAAGUACGCCAUUGUCCCAGAGCGAUUGGGUUAUGAUUAAAGGUGUGGAUACUCCUCAAAGUGCUAGCAGCAGCGGACGAGCGACUCCCAUCAAGGUCGAGGACCAGCUUACACCGACCCAUCAACUCCUACAAACUAUCAAUCAUGCUUUCGACAAGUGGAAGAAAGUAUGGGAUGAGGAUAUGGCUGUUCAAUACCCGCCAUCAUCGUCAGGAGGUUAUCGUCGGUUCGGGUUCUGCCGUGACAGCGUUCACUUUUAUUGCCUUUCAAAGUAUUUGAUAAAGAACAAUCGAGGCUUGGAUUGGAAGUUGGCACCCGACCAGCGUUUCUCUCAAAUUAUGAAUUUGUUGAAGUAUGUCAAGAGCUGGGUCGUUUCGGAUACUGCCAAGCGUGGAGAGGAGCUUGGCUCCGUGAGCGACAUCGAUAACGAGUACGGAGUGAGAGAUUUGACAUUAGACAUGGCUCAGCUUUUCAAACCCAUCAACAAACACACUGAUUCCCCGGUUGCGGGUGUACAUACUGGCGGCGGCAUGGCAUAG